CAUACAACGAAACCAACCAAUAUGUUGUCAAUUGGCUCCUUAGCCAAUAUUAAACAUACCCUACAAAAGGAACUAUUCAAUGGGUGCGGCGAACGUUUACUCACAUCGGUUUCGGUGACAAAAACCUUUAAAAAGAAACGAAUUUGUUAUCUUUGUGUGGUGACGACACCACCGCCAGUUCCAAUUGUCACAAUGUGCCUGGUCAAGCAGGCCGAGCAAAAGGAUAGCGAAUUCAAAAAGAAACGCAUCUGGCAAUUGGAUGAAAUCAAGUGGGUGGAUGGACGCAGUGAACAGUUCGAUAUUCACGAAUUCGAUAUCCAGGUGGAGAAGCUAUAUAAAUGGUAUGCAUUGAAUUUGCACGAAAGGCAGAAUUUUUUGGCUGUUCUUUAUAAGCAAGUGCAAAAGCAUGGUCGUGGACGUGGAGUUAAGGCAGAAUUCCGUAAUAUACCAAGUGCUUGGCUUCUGGAUAAGUCGCCGGAGAAAAUAGGGGGAGCGGGUGGUGGUGGAGGUAGUGGUGCAGCUGGUUCUGCAGGUGGGGGCAAUCGAGAUGGACUACGGAAAAAUGGUGCUGAAACCGAGGAUGAGGAAGAAUCGGAAUUCCAAGAGUUUACUGCUUUGACAGAUAAGGAAUCUAACGAAUUGACAAAACUCUUUACGGAAUGUGAUUAUGCGGUAAAAGACGCCGAACUGUUGAUUGAAAAACUAUCCAAGGAAUUGCAUGAUUUGGAUGGGGCAAAUAUUCAAUCCGUUUUGGCAUCUGAAAAACAAGUAAUGAUGCUUAUGGAACACAUCGACAAAGCAAUCGGGGAAGCUGACAAAUUUGAAGAACGUUUAGAUUCAUAUGAAGAGAUCUUAAGUCAUGUAAAAGAAACCAUGGAGAAAAUUGGUGGCAAAAAUGCUAUGAUUAAAAUAGCCAACAACAAUAAUAUAAAACUGAAAGAAGAUUUGAGCAAAAUAAUUACUCAACUGGAUUUUCCUCCGGAUUUUCAACGAGUUUUACAAUCUCCAGUUUUAAGUACACCCGAAGGACGCAAGGCAGCCAUUGAAGCUGCACAAUGGCUACAGCAGGCUCUGAACAGCGACAUAGAUCCGUCAUUGCAACGUUUGGCAGCAGUACGUGACCAAAUGAAACGUUUCGAAAGUUGGAAGAAAAACUUUUUAUUGCCCGUCAUCAAACAUUUGAACUGUUUGUUAAUACACUUGUCGAAUCAAAUUGGUGAUACACCGCCAUCUAGCACAGAAUUAGUUCUGCCAAAUCAUGCUUCGGUACAUCAAGAACUAAUGCCUUAUACUGAACUGAUGCAUUGGAUCAAGGCUAUGGACAGAACUAAAUAUGAGGGUUUGACAACAGUGUAUACCACAGCCUUUAGUAAAAUCUAUGAACGCGAUAUAAGGAAUUUUUUCAAUUUGGCUAAACUUCAAAUUUCUGAAAAGCUUCGCAAUUCGCGUGAAGACUUGGACGUUUCAUCAUCAUCGAUUUCAAAGAAAAAUGCGCUGUCUUCGGUUCCUCAUGGAACAUUGGGUGUUAAUAGAGAACAAUGGGGACCUGGUGUUGAUGCCGCGGACAGAGAACGUUUUGAUACCGUAUUGGAAAAGGUAUUAGCAGAAUUGGAACCUGUAGCAUUACAAGAGCAAAAGUUCUGCAUACAUUUCUUCCAAAUGGAUGUACUAAGUCCAACAGCCAAAUCUGCUGGCGUAGAUGUUAUGGAAAAGAGUUCAGAUAUGUCACAGUCAAUACUUUUGUCGCCGUCUUCAGUUUCAGGAGCCGGGGAUGGUGCUCAAUUUCCUCAAAAGAAAAUUGAUCGGCAAAUUAAUGAAGAAGUUCGUCGGCUUAUGAAUGCUCUCUUUGGAUGUUUAGAACAGGAAUUGGUUAAUUUUAUACAAAGUUUUGAACGCUUUGAUUGUUUCUACUCCCUUUAUGUUUUGGAUCGUUUAACACAACAUGUCAUGUCCGCCCAAGAUACACAUUCCUUUUUAAGCAUGACUUUUGCCUCGGUACUUGUACAGGUCAAACGGAAUUUCGAUCGCUUUAUGCAACAACAAUUACAAUCUAUUCGCGAUGCAAAAUUACCCAAACGUUCGAAAUGUGGUAUUUUACCAUAUGUAGAGAAUUUCGAGUAUUUUUCACAAACAACCGAAGAUUUCUUCCGUAAAUCCACACGGCGCACAGAUAUGGAAAAAUAUAUACAACUUAUAAAUGCCAUAUUCGAUGGCAUCAAUACUCAUUCCAAGGAACAUCCCAAGACACCAUUACAAGUGAUUCGUAUGGAAAAUUAUCAUCAUAUGUAUUCGCUGCUGGCUCGUCUUAAAGUGCCCACUUUGGAUGAAUUGAAGAAGGAAGCGAAGGCACGUUAUAAUGAAGCCUUAAGCAAUUACGUUAUUUGUUACUUUGGCAGGCCGUUGGAGAAGUUAAAUCAAUUUUUCGAGGGUGUUCAACAGAAAAUCGCCCAAGGUGUAAAGGAAACCGAAAUCAGUUAUCAAAUGGCAUUUUCAAAACAAGAGCUGCGCAAAGUUAUCAGCCAAUAUCCAGCCCGUGAAGUGAAAAAGGGUAUGGAGAACCUCUACAAAAAGGUUGAGAAACAUCUAUGCGAGGAGGAGAAUCUUCUGCAGGUUGUUUGGCAUGCAAUGCAGGAAGAGUUUAUUGUCCAGUAUAAAUUCUUGGAGGAACGUAUACAAAAAUGUUAUGCCGGUUCGAUGAUAACAUUGGAAUUUAACAUACAAGAUAUUCUUAAUUUCUUUUCGGAUAUAGCACGUUCUCAUUAA